AUCCCUUAAUUUCAGCUGGCUUUUGUUUUCUAACCAGUUAGGGCCAGUUUCAACUGGUAUUUGAUAAUAACAUCGACAAUGCAUAUUGCAGUAGAGGGAUGCUGUCAUGGAGAAUUGGACAAAAUUUAUGAAACAAUGCAGUACAUGGAACGACGAGAUAAGAUCAAAAUCGAACUCUUGCUAUGUUGUGGAGAUUUUCAAUCUGUUCGUGAUGAAGCAGAUCUGACCUGCAUGGCUUGUCCUGACAAAUACAAAUCAAUGCAAACUUUCUGGCAAUAUUACAACGGCAUUAAAAAAGCUCCUUAUUUAACUAUUUUCAUUGGUGGUAAUCAUGAGGCAUCUAAUCAUCUACAAGAAUUGCCUUAUGGAGGUUGGGUUGCACCAAAUAUAUUCUUUAUGGGUUAUUCUAAUGUUGUUACAUACAAAGGUUUACGCAUUGGUGGAAUAUCUGGCAUUUUUAAAUAUCAUGAUUUCAACAAAGGUCAUUUUGAAAAACCACCGUAUGACAACACCACAAAAAGAAGCGUUUACCAUAUACGCAGUGUCGAAAUUUUCCGUAUGAAACUUUUGAAUACUCCAUUAGAUAUUAUGAUGUCUCAUGACUGGCCAAAUGGAGUAGUCGACUAUGGAAACGUUUCUGAACUUCUCAGGCACAAACCAUUCUUUGAAGAAGAUAUCCGACGCAAUCGCCUUGGCAGCUCACCAGCAAUGGAGCUUUUGCGGCACAUGAAACCGACCCACUGGUUCUCUGGACAUAUGCAUGUCAAAUUUUCAGCUGUAAUUCCGCACAAUGGCCCUGGAAAUAAUAACAAAGUUACAAACUUUCUAGCUCUCGAUAAAUGUCUACCAAGACGUCAGUUUCUUCAAGUUAUUGAUAUGAAAGUCCCUGAAAAUUGUGAAAAUCAGGGUUUGUGUUAUGAUCCUGAAUGGUUAGCCAUUUUAAAGUCGACAAAUGACCUUGUUUCUGUAUCAAGAAGGAAUGUGUAUAUUCCGCAAAGUAGUGAUGACAGCAUGUUUGUGAAACAUGUAGUCACAUCUGAAAAAGUCGAUAAGAUGAAAAAUAUAUUCAACAACGAUUUUAUCAUUCCGAAUAAUUUCAAGCGUGACAUUUCACCACUUUAUGACCCUCGUCGUCAUAACCGUCAUAAACCUAUUUUAUGUAAAACGAGUCAUCAAACAACGGAGUUCUGUGCUAAGCUUGAGAUUAAUGACCCUUUGAUGAUGGCAAUAGCAGCAGAAGGUGGUGACCUCAGUCUCAGUUUUAACAGCAGUUCAGUACUAUAUGAUGAAGAUGAAGAAAUGCCAAGUACAAUUGUUAGCAGUACGUCAAUCAACGAAGAUGAAAUUGACUUGGGUUCAGACGACGACGCUGAUGGUGAUGUGAAUAAGAAUGAAAUUGAAACAACGAACAAAACAAAUACUGAACUUUCAAUUUCAAUCCUUUCGGACAAAAAAAAAGUGAAUAACGGAAUCAAAAUGGAUGAAACUGAACCAGAAAGUCCUUUAGUUUUAUCCUCUCUUUCAAGUGAUGAUGAUAGUGGAAAUAAAACGUCGUCUGGCUCUGAAACAAACAGAGGAGUAAUGCGUCUAUCGCUUAGUUUACCAGCUCCAGUUUUUGGUGCAACUUCGACUCCUGUGAGACAAUCACAUGGAUCUAAAAUUGAUCACAUUGAACCUGAGCUAAGUGAUACGCCGAUUGGAAAUUUAUCUCCUGCAAAUAUCUCUGUAGACUCUGAUUCUUGUAAUUCAUUAUCAAACGAAAAGCUAACACCAAUAUCUUUCCCGAAACCUCUAAAACCUGAAACAUCACUUGCAAAAAAUGCUUUGCUCAUGUCAUUAAAAGGAAAAAGACUGAGCGAUGACAUCGAUUCAGAUAUGUCCGAGUCAAGUUCUGGAAAUACUCCUUCAGGAACAAAGAAAUUCAAACGUAGGAACGCCUCAUUUUAUUCAUCUCAAAGUGAAGACAGUGGUGAUAAUACAACCUAAUGCUUGAUACAUUUGGUACUGUAGUGUAUGAUAUCAGUAAUUAUAUUCUUAAUUACGUAAGAUAUAUAAACACUAUUCAGUGCUAUUCAGACUUUUUGAGAUGUUGAGUCUUAUCAUGAUAUAAAAAGGAAAAUGAAGUAUCGAAAAUAACACAUAAAAAUAACAUUCAAUUAUGGUGAAAUAGUAAAAAAAGGCUAAGUAUUAAUUUACCUGGAAGAAAAAUUACCUGAACUUGUGAUGCUAUUAACUUUUGAGGAAUAAAACCAUAACCUUGGUGAUAAAUCGACUAUAGGAUUCUCACUGUCCCAAAGCUGGAAUGUAUUAUUAUGAAUUAUUGUCAAUAUACAUGGUUUGAAAUGGAUUUUUUGUAUAAUGAUUUGGUAUCCUUGUUUAUGAUCUUCAUUUGAAAAUCAGCAAUCCUUUCGAAAUAAAUUUCAAUCAACUUUUUUCCGUGAUAUCGAAAAUAUAUGAAUUUGUUUUAGAAUUACCGGUAGUUUUGUUGUUUCUUUUAAUGAUAAUUGCUGGUUUUUGUCUUGUUUUCGUCUUUUGUGAAUUUUGAUUUAUUUUUCAUUGUUAGUACUGUGUUUGUACCGAAAAAUCUUCAGGUAAUUCUGAUGUAGUAACUAUCAUUUGAAAUGAAUUUUGUAAUGGUUAAUAUUUUGUGCUUUCAACAUUAUUUUUAAAUUGAAAUUUCAACUUUGCAACUGUACAUACCAACCCAUUUUAGCUGCCAAUUUUAAUCACAGA